CUAAAAUGCCAGUCACAUCAUCAGCUGAAGUUAGGUCAGUGUUUGUUCAUCCAACGCUUCCAAUUCCCCAAGCUCCAACUCCCCUCUCCCUCCUCUUCAACUCCACUCUCAACCACACUCCAAAAACUUCCCUCCCCUCACCUCUGAUUAAAUAACCCCACAAAAGUUGCUCCCAGACCCCAUCGCAGCAAUCAAUGGAUGAGCUCGGGGGAAGAGUUAGGGCCACCAUUUUCGUUCUUCUGCUUGCAGCUUUAGGGUGGGGAGAAAGAAGAUGCUACUGCAGAGUUGUCCAGUUUGUGUUCGGGGAUUCGCUGUCGGAUGUUGGGAACAAUAACUAUCUCACCAAGAGCUUGGCUCGUGCUGCCUUGCCGUGGUAUGGGAUUGAUUUCGGCAGCGGAGUGCCGAAUGGAAGGUUCACUAAUGGCCGCACCAUUGCGGAUAUAGUCGGUGACAAAAUGGGUCUUCCAAGGCCGCCAGCUUUCCUGGACCCUUCACUGGAUGACGAAACUAUACUCAACAGUGGAGUUAGCUAUGCAUCAGGAGGUGGUGGCAUCUUGAAUGAAACAUCAUCUCUCUUUAUUCAAAGAUUUUCACUUUCGAAGCAAAUCGAAUUGUUUCAAGGAACUCAGGAAAUGAUAAAGAUGAAACUUGGCGAGGAGGCCGCAACCAAAUUCUUCCUACAAUCUCACUACGUUGUAGCAUUGGGCAGCAACGAUUACAUCAACAACUUUCUCUUGCCAGUCUAUGCUGAUUCAUGGACUUAUAAUGGCGAAACCUUCACAAACUACGUCGUAAGAUCGCUCGAAGGCCAACUAAGACUUUUGUACUCGUUAGGUGCGCGAAAACUUACAUUCUUCGGUUUAGGACCUAUGGGAUGUAUCCCCUUGCAGAGAUUCAUGACAUUAUCAGGAGAGUGUCAGGAAUCUACAAACAAACUAUCCAUUAUGUUCAACAACAAAACCAGGGCUGUAAUUGAGAAUCUGUCAAAAACUCUUCCAAAUGCUACCUUCCAGUUUGGAGAUGCCUACAAUAUCUUUUUGGAUCUUAUUAAUCGCCCUGAGAUAUAUGGUUUUACGAACUCGAAUGAGCCAUGCUGUCGAGUGGCGAAGAUCAGGCCUACACUUACAUGUACUCCAUUGUCAUCAUUGUGUAAAGAUAGAAGCAAGUAUGUGUUCUGGGAUGAGUAUCAUCCGACAGAUAAAGCGAAUGAGCUGAUAGCGAAUGCGGUCGCGUCAAGGCUGGGGCUCGCGAAGCCGUCGAAUGGAACGAAUAAUUCGUAGUGUCCAGACUCAUAAUUUUGAUGUUAAAAGUAGUUUUGAGUAUAUAUUUAUUGCUCUGUUAAGGGAAGAAAAUAUGUGGAUAUUUGAUGCGAUUGCUAUGCAAUGAGUGUUUGGAGAUGGAGAAAGAUUUAAAUGUUGAUGCAUGGUGGUUGUUGACUUUAGAUGUGGAGAAGUUUGGUGGGUGUUGAAAUGUUGAUGCAGCAAGUCUGUGAAAGGUUUUGUCAUGUUGUA